GCGGCGCGCGCAGUGACGUGGUCGGUGGGGCCGACGCCGAGGGAGGAGGGGGGCUGAACCCGGAAGUGGGUCGGCGCUGGAGCGAGCGCGCCGGGAGUGGAGCGCGGCGGCCGGCAGCCAGCGGGGCAGCCCCGGGUUCCCGCUCACGAAGCCCUCGGGCACGCCCCUCCGGUAGCCGAUACCCAAGACAAUCUAGUUUUUUAUUUUAUUUUAUUUAUUUCCCCCCUUGCUACCUCCCUCCAGCCACUUCAUGAAGUUUCUCGCCCCGAAACCGUCGCCCUGCAAUGAAGAAGAGGAGAAAGGCGACUCUCAGCCUUGACGACAAGAUCCGCCUGGGCUGUCACCGCGAUCCCCCCGAGGGGCAUGUCGCUGCCGCCGGGGCGCGGGACCCGCUGACCUACGCCCCCCGCGCCGCCCGGAGACCAGCCGCCCCGGAGGCUCUCCGCUGCUACCGGGACCUGCCCCCGUCCCCGCCACCGCCGCCGCCGCCGCCGCCGCCUCCUCCCGCCGCCGCCGCCCCCGAUCAGAGGAAGCUCCUGAGCUCCUGGCAGUACCGCCGGAACCUGCUCGCCUACCUGAACGCCGACCGGCAGAAGCAGCCGUCCUUCUGCGACCUGCUCAUCAUCGUGGAAGGGAAGGAGUUCAGCGCCCACAAGGUGGUGGUGGCCGUGGGCAGCAGCUACUUCCACGCGUGCCUGAGCAAGAACCCCAGCACGGACGUGGUCAUCCUGGACCACGUGCCGCACUCGGUCUUCCGGCACCUGCUGGAGUUCCUCUACACGGCCGAGUUCUUCGUGUCCCAGUACGAGAUCCCCCUGGUCCUCGAGGCCGCCAAGUUCCUGGACAUCAUCGAUGCGGUCAAGCUGCUCAACAGCGAAGACGUCCACCACCCCCCGUUCCAGCCCCAGCGCCUCGAGCAGCCGCCCCCGGAGGAGUCGCUGAGCGGGUUGACCGGGGGGCGGCUGUCGGAUGACCAUCGGUGCACCUUCUGCAGCAGACACUUUUGUUACAAGAAGUCCUUAGAGAACCAUUUGGCCAAGACGCACAGGUCCCUCUUCUUAGGGAAAAAACAUGGGCUAAACAUGCUGGACAGAGGGUUUUCCGCCAGGAGGUCCAAGAGGAACCGGAGGUGCCCCGUGAAGUUCGAAGACGCCGCCGCCGCCGCCGGCGAUGACAAACGAGAAGGUGGCGACGGGUCAGACAGCUUGAACCGAGAUCGUUUCGAGAAGGGGAAGCCCGAUAGGAACGAUUCCGAGGAUCCGGGGAGCGAAGGGAACGCCGAGGAAGAUGAGCUAGAGGAGAUGUCGGAUGAGUUCUCGGACACCGAAGAGCCAAGUGACAAGGAGCCGAAUGGUGCGGAGGAGGAAGAGGAGGAGGAGGAGGAAGAGGAGGAGGAGGAGGAGGAGGAGGAGGAAGAAGAACCUGAGACCGGCGAUUCUGCAGGAAGUAUUCAGGACGGGUUAUCUCCCGUGAUCAUUCAGAUAAAUAACAAAAAAACCCUGCAGUGCCCCAUAUGCGAUAAAACCUUCGACCGGAUAGGGAAAUACGAGAGCCACACACGUGUGCACACAGGUGAGAAGCCCUUUGAGUGUGAUAUUUGUCACCAGCGCUAUUCGACAAAGUAUAACCUGACUGUUCACAGGAAGAAGCACAGCAGCGACACCGACUUUCAUAAGAAGGAGCACAAGUGUCCUUACUGUCAUAAGCUCCACGCCAGCAGGAAGACGCUCGCCAAGCACGUGAAGAGAUUUCAUCCUGAAAAUGCACAAGAGUUUAUUUCCAUUAGGAAGACAAAGAGUGAAAGUUGGAAAUGUGAGAUUUGCAAGAAAUAUUUCACUCGGAGGCCUCACUUGGAGGAACACAUGAUCCUGCACUCCCAGGACAAGCCCUUCAAGUGCACCUACUGCGAAGAGCAUUUCAAGUCACGGUUCGCCCGGUUAAAGCAUCAGGAAAAGUUCCAUCUGGGUCCCUUUCCGUGCGACAUCUGCGGCCGCCAGUUCAAUGACACGGGGAACCUGAAGCGCCACAUAGAGUGCACGCACGGCGGGAAGAGAAAGUGGACCUGCUUCAUCUGCGGGAAGUCCGUGCGAGAGAGAGGAGAGAGACCACUGUGUGCAGGGGAGACUGGUCCUAGAAGAAGAGUGUUGGCUUGGACACGUUUCCGAACCACGCUGAAGGAGCACAUGAGGAUCCACAGCGGGGAGAAGCCUCAUCUCUGCAGCAUCUGUGGGCAGCGCUUCCGCCACGGCAGCUCCUACAGACUUCACUUGCGAGUCCAUCACGAUGACAAGAGGUACGAGUGCGACGAGUGUGGGAAAACAUUUAUUCGCCACGACCACCUGACGAAGCACAAAAAGAUACAUUCAGGUGAAAAGGCUCAUCAGUGUGAAGAAUGCGGAAAAUGUUUUGGCCGCAGGGAUCAUCUCACUGUUCAUUACAAGAGCGUGCACCUCGGAGAGAAGGUGUGGCAGAAUCAAAUGGUAUGUAUUCCACGAAGACAGUGGCCACUUCAGCGCCCAACUUGGUCUCACAGAUAUAAAGCCACCUUUCAUCAAUGCGAUGUCUGUAAGAAAUUUUUUAAAGGCAAAUCAAGUCUCGAAAUGCAUUUUCGGACGCAUUCAGGUGAAAAGCCAUACAAGUGUCAGAUCUGCAAUCAGUCCUUCAGAAUUAAGAAAACCUUGACCAAGCACCUGGUCAUUCAUUCGGACGCCCGGCCUUUCUACUGUCAGUACUGUAACGCCACGUUCAAGCGGAAAGACAAGCUCAAGUACCACACGGACCACGUGCAUGGCAUCAAGUCCCCCGACGACGCCCUGAGCGCUUCCGAGGAGAAGCUCGUGGCCUUGCCCGGGGAAUACUCGUCCGACGACAAGAUCUUCCCGGCAGAGACAAAACAGUACGCGGACCAGCCCAAAGCGUAUCCGACGGAGGCCAAGGCGAUGCUACAGGACGUGUCUGCCGAGGUGUGCGUGCCCGUGACGCUGGUUCCCGUGCAGAUGCCCGACGCCCCGAGCGACCUGGGGCAGCACAGCACCCCCCUCCCACCGUCUUCGCACGACAUCCUGUCGCCACAGCCACCGGCAGCCGACUACCCGCGGGCAGCCGACUUAGCUUUUCUGGAAAAAUACACCCUGACCCCCCAGCCCGCAAAUAUAGUUCACCCCGUCCGGCCCGAGCAGAUGCUGGACCCCCGGGAACAGUCCUACCUCGGGACGCUGCUGGGCCUCGAUAGCGCCACGGCCGUGCAGAACCUGCCGGACGCGGAGCAUCACGCGUGAGGGCGUCCACGCGGUCCACGGGUUUCUUGGAUGCUCGCGUGCCGGCCGCCUGGUGCAGGUGGCUUUUCAACGGGUAGGGCUGCGAUUUUUUUUCAUUUUCAAGUACUCAGAGCCGUCGCAAAUCAAGAAAAAAUACGCAUCUCUGUUUACUGAACAUGUGAAUAUCUGGACACAUACUGAGGUGAUGUUUGGUCUCAUUGACGCUGGCUGACUGAAACUCUAGGAAACAGAACCGUGAUAUUCCACACACCGUUGUUAGAAAAGGUGCCAAAUUAUACUCUGUGUGUCUGUCUCCUCUCAAUGUUGUUUACUAGUCAUUACAGGGAACCGCUGUGUGUGUACAGGUGUACAUGGAACCCAGGUUUAUGUCUGCUUUUCCCAUAAGCCUGGGGCCUAAUCUUCCUGGAUCUUUGUUGUCGUCUGAGACAGAAGGUGAGCACUUGGUGAAGGGAAAUGGCAGUUACAGGGACUCCUCACUGAGUACAGGUAACUGAGGAACAAGUCAGUGAGAUACCUUUAAAGGUGUGCACUUUCCGCAUCUUCAGGUCAGCUUCAUCCUCAGCGAGGCCACUGUUUGCGAGGAGAGCUGCUGGGAGGGUCCGAUAGGCGGGGCUGAUUCCCGUGGCCUGUCGUCUGUAUGUAAACUGGUGGAAAAUAGCAAUGUGAAGAGUUUGCUAUUUCCGUUUUGUUUACACCCCUGAUUGCUUUAAGCACUUUUUUAAUGUAAACUAAUGUCUGGCCUGGUCCUUGUGAGAAAAAAAAAAAUCACAAAUAAAAUAAUGAAGUUUUAAUAAAAUUUAGCCACUUCAUGGGGACAGGUGUUUGCUGAAGCACUUAAGAAAGGAAGGUACUUUACAGUGUGUCGUCCUAGUGGGAAGAGGAGAAAAAGUGGUGAGAAUUGAGGCUACUUACCCCACGUAGCUCUUGUAAAUAAGAAAACCAGCCUGAGUUUUGCCUCAGUUGUUAAGAUUUGGUUAUAGUCAGUCUAGGACCGGUAGAUGGAAUUAAUGUAUGAAUUCUCCUGUUUGGCACAUCCUUUUGUGUGGAAACGAUAAUCUAUCUGGGUACUUACAUGGCUGAACUUGACAAUGUGAGGUACUGUUAGCCUGUUAGUGUUUCAGAUCGGCUUUGAGGAAUACGUAUCCUUAGGAUUUUUAACAAAGAACAACACGGCUUUGAACUAACAAAGUUCCUCUUAGGAAAAGAAGUCAUCAUACCCAGCAGUGUGCCCGGCCUCGCGUACAAGCUGCGUGGAAGACUGGGACUUGCAAAAAGGCAGAGGGUCUAGACGUGUGUGUACAGGGUGUAUUCUGUUUGGUAGCAGGACAGAAGGGGUGUUGCAUUUUCACAUGGAAAAGAACGCUUUGUAUUUUGAAGGUAUUUACUUUAGGGUUCUUUUCGUAAUCUAAUGCUUUAAAUACAUGGUUCGGUGGUAGGGAUUGGUUUACAGUAGGCAGCUUUUCCGGAAUGCAUCUCUUCCGUAGAAUGAAAUACAAAUCCAUGUAGUGAUUGUAGGUCACUACGCCUGAACAGAGGUUUAUAAAUUGCUUUCCCAAGUCAUCUUCUGCAAACUUCAGACCGAGCUCUGAGGGCGAGUUGCACGUGCCGUCUUCCCAGUUUGGAGAGAGGGAGUCUGAGGCGAAGGACGCAGGUACGCCCCAUCAUUGAUGAGUGGCAGGUCCCGGCUUCUAGGGAAGGACACGUGGCUCAGUCCUGCCUCCCAGGUGCCAGGCCCCGUGUGUUCUCGCGUCAUUGUCAGCAGGCUGGGCAGGGAAGGGUGGUUCUGACGAAGCGAGAGUCUCAGCGGACGAACAAGCAAACAAUUCCAAUCUGCUGCCUCUAAUUUCCAAAUUAGAGCCUAAGAAACACUAAACUGGUGAAAACCUCGUAGAUUUGGGCAAACUGAAUGUAUAUAGUUUUUGAAGUUGGCACAAGAAAUAUGAAACGCCUCCUCUUUUCACUUAACCUUUUGUACUAUUUGGGAGUUUCUGGGACAAAUGUCCCGUCAACUCUAAAAUUCGUUACUUCUGUACCUGUACUUAACUUUUGAAUUUUGCAACUAAGCUUAGCCUCAUUCAGAAUUUUUUAUCUUAUGAGCAUAAUUUAUUGUUUUAAAUUAAUGUUUUAGCUGAUAGCAGUUAGCACUCAAUAUGUAAGUGGAAUAAUUUAUAAAGUGUAGAGAUUUGUUAACCUGCUCCGUUUUUACUUAAAUGCACCAAAGAUUUUAGUAGGUAUUGCAAUAGUUCAAAAGAAUUUAAAUUCUUCGUUGUCUGAAUAAAUAUUUGUCCAAAGAAGCACAGUUGAAGUCCUAGGCUUAUGGAUUUAAAAAAAAAAAAAAUUGUUAGUUUGAAUACUAAGAUGAAGUGUUUGUGUUUAUACGUAUAAAAACAAGAACAGAAGAAAGUACUCUGGGAAGAGUCAUACUGACAAAGGAAUCACAAGGAAGAACGCUGUUUUCCUCAGUUUAAUGCAUAGAAUGUUACCUUCAGUGAACACUAUUAAAUGCAUAACAGUAAGCUUAUUUUUUACACUACACUAUUCAAAUCAUUUGCCUUAGAUUUUUUUUUUAAGACGAGUUGAAGUUAUUUUUGUAUGAAACACUCCACCUAUUUUUUUUUGCAGUCUAAGAUGCCAUGUUAGGUUAGGGUCGGUUCUGCAUCCAGCAAGAUGUAACUAACUCCGAAGGUGGCGGUCUUGGCGUCCUUUGAAGUAACGUAGUCAUUUAUUGCCACGAGAAGAGUGAGCAGCCAAGAUAGGGCUUACCCUGGUGCUUCCCUAAAGUGACUUCCUUUUGGGCGAAGUUUGGCCCACUGAUCACGUUCGGUCGACCUUUUAAAGUGUCAAAGCAUCUUAGCGGAGUACCUAUGAACCGUUAGCUGAGGGCUAGUAUAAAAUAUCAGGCAUCGUUUUCCGUUCUCCAAUUGCAAGCAAAGUAAAGACACAGCUAAACUGGUAGGUUGGGUAGUUUGCGUUUUCCUCCUUCCAGAUCAUUCGACCGUGUCCCCGGGGACAAGCCAGACGUGGUGCCCUGGCUCUCUGACCGUCUUGUCUGGAUGGAAUGCUCUGUGCCUUUUCCCUGUGUUGUCGUUGCUUCGAGUUGCUUCCGCCGGCCAGCGUGUGCCGGCUAAUAACGGGGUUUGAUUAUUUUUGUUGUUAUGGGUCUUAUGUGUGUGUGGCCUGCUGGUCAGGCAGCACUUUAUUAUAAUUUUUUUUUUUAGGUUGCUUUAUGUUUACGUAAGGAAAUAGGCACUCACGUACUUGUGUGAAUAUUUGUUGUUUGUGUUUUGAUGUCUCUUUUGGCCUUCAUAGUCACCGCAAAGACACUCCCAGGCCUGGCUCUAUACGCUUCAUAGAGGAAUCUAACAAAUAAAAUAAAACGAGUUGUGUGUCUGUCUCUCUGUCUCUUCCUCCCGCCCCCCAGUUUUUUAAUAAUAAUCAGUCACCAUAACCACACAGCUCUACUGAGUGGCUUCUGAGUUCAGUUUGAGGGUGGUGAUGGCUUGAGAUGAGUUUGCCCUUAGGCGCAGGAGCAACCCAGCCAACCGGCUAACAGCUGGAGCGUAUCAGCGUGGGCAGAGGGAGGACUUUGAAAGUCGCGUUGGGGUGACUCGAAGAUUCCGUGCCAAAUUUAAAAUGAUGAGAAUGUACCAGAAGCCGGUGGCAUUUCUAAGACUUCAAAUAGGGUCAUGGGCAAGUGUUACCUGCUAUUAGAGCGAAUGAUGGGUAAUGUGAGAAUCGUUUUCUAACCCGUUUAGAAAAUUGGACAAUUCUUUCUUAGGCCCUUCGCUUGCUUAAGCGUAGUCUCUCGGUAAAGUCGGCAGUGGUUUCCUGAGGGGGAUCGGCCUCUUUAUUUCCUUCCAAACUAUUUCUACUUCACGGUCCUUUUAUGCAGGAAUAUUAGCAUGCCCUCCGCACCUCCUUUGGAAGUAGCCUUAACAAGACAAAAGUAAUAGGAUUAGCUUGUGUGGUAGAUGAGAGAUUUUGGUAGAGAGAAAGCCUACGUUUUGUUACUCUUCACGCAUCAACUUGCUAUGUAUCGAUUGAUCUUAAGUCUAUGACUAUUGGAAAAAUUCCCAAAGAAUCUAAAUUUAGCCUCUGUAGCCAUUAUAUAAAUAGAAAUGAAGAUUAUAUUGACGGAAUAGAGGUUAUACAGAGACGACAUACCUCUUUUUUUUUUUUUUUCAAAUUCUUAAGUAUUGUCAGUGCUUGCAUUACUUUUGGAAAUUCUAAACUGUUUUUUGAAUAAAGAGCAGGUACACUUCUCACGGUUAUUUCUCCUCUUUGCUCGGCAUUCCUGCUUGCGGUGAAGUUGGACAGCACCCUGGGGUGCAAUUACAAAACUUUUAUUCCUUCCAACAGUUGGGCUUGACUUGCAGAUGAAACUGGAGGACAGCUGAUGAGUGUGGCGGCCAACAGAUGAGUGCAGAGGUGAGCACUGAGCUGCUCCACGCUGCGUAGCACCUGUUAGGAUGAAGGGCACUCACGAUGUUCAUUAAAGUGAAAAUGCUUUCGAACUUAGUUUUCAGUCUCAGCUCCCAAGUUUUGUUUUAAUCCCUAAGGACACGUGUCAGAGCAGUUACAGAGAGAAACCUCAGAUAUCCACAGGCGUCAUUCUGUCGACCGUGUAUGACGUUCCCGGGUGUGUUUUCUGGAUACGUGGGCUGCCCCGUGUUUCUGAAGUACCAAUGUCUUUGUAGAAAAGUCCCCGUGUCUGUGACGAGGAGGAUGUUGUACGCCGAACUAGUUCUCUGUGUGAUUUUGAUACUUAAAAUAAAGUUCUUGGAUCUUCAUAAAGCAUCUCCAGGUCUUACUGAACAGGUUCUUGGCAUGGGGAUGUGGUACUCAGUACCUGGGUGAGUCAACGACCGUGAACAAAUGGAAAACCGAGCAUUCCAGGGCACAUCUGUGUCAAUUUCAUUUCUCAUCAGCCAGAUAUUUUGCGGUAUUUUACAUAUUAAAUGUAUUAAAUGA